AUGGCAACGACUCCUCCAUCACACGCCACAGAUCUUAUUACUUCAGAGGAGCAGCCUGCUAAUCUGGAUAUCAUGAAGGAGCAGCCUGUUGCGGCAAACAAUGAGACAUCUGCCUCUUUUAAGUCCUCCCAGGAGGCUGCAGUUGUAGUUCAUCCAGCAAAAGUUUCUCCACUAUCUGCACCUUAUGGUUUAUCAGGUGACUUUGCUGGACACUUACCUAGCAGCAUCCUCUCUCCUCAAGCACAAGGCUUUUACUAUAGAGGUUAUGAAACCCCCACAGGCGAAUGGGACGAGUAUUCUUCCUAUGUCAAUAUUGAAGGAUUAGACAUCAACUCUCCUGUUGGCUUCAAUGAGAAUGCUUCUAUGCUCUACCAAACAGGAUAUGGAUACAACCCUCAGAUGCCAUAUGGACCAUAUUCCCCUGCUGCAACCCCCUUACCUUCUGAGGGACAGUUAUAUUCUUCGCAACAGUUUCCAUUUUCAGGUGCAUCACCUUAUUACCAGCAGGUAGUUCCUCCUAGCAUGCAAUAUAUUUCUUCUCCAACUCAGCCCGACCUCACCAGCCUUGUUGACCAACAAGGUGAUAACAUCGGAGGACCACGACCAUCAUACCAGCCUCAUCCUAUUGGACCGUUUAAUGGAAACCAGACAAACCUUGGUUUUCCUGAGUGGCAGCAAGGUUUUGACGGGGGAAUAUGGUCUGAUUGGUCCAAGCCUUCUGAUAUGCACAGACAUUCUUCUUCUUUUUCACCGGCUUUAUCUCCUCAGCCACUCGGUUCCUUUGGAUCAUAUGGCCACAACAUUCCCAUGGGGUCACAACAACAGAGAUCAUUUUACGGUCGUGGUCAAGGAUCUAACUAUGGAAGUAGACUAAAUUAUAAUGUGGGUAUGGGAAACCAAAGCUGGAUUGGUGUUGACAACACUCGAGGGCGUGGAAGAGUUAGUGAUCUAUCCCUUGGUGGCGGUUAUAAUGGUAACUAUGAUAUCCUCAACGAGCAAAACCGAGGACCAAGGGCUUUAAAGCCCAAGACUCAGGUAUCAGAAGAGCUUGAUUCUUCUGCUGAUGCUAAGAAAAAUAACAAAGGCAGUCCCAAAGAACAUGAGGAAGCCAACAACAAGACUUCUGAUUUUGUCACUGACUACAGUGACGCUAAGCUCUUCAUAAUCAAGUCUUACAGUGAAGACAACGUACACAAGAGCAUCAAAUACAAUGUAUGGGCUAGCACUCCUAAUGGUAAUAAAAAGCUUGAUGCUGCUUAUCGUGAGGCCAAAGAUCAGAAAGAACCGUGCCCAGUGUUUCUUCUGUUUUCUGUAAACGCGAGUUCUCAGUUCUGUGGAGUAGCGGAGAUGAUAGGACCUGUGGAUUUUGAUAAGAGCGUUGAUUACUGGCAACAAGACAAAUGGAGUGGACAGUUCCCAGUGAAGUGGCACAUGAUUAAAGAUGUUCCAAACAGCCAGUUUCGACACAUUAUAUUGGAGAACAAUGACAAUAAGCCUGUGACUAAUAGUCGAGACACUCAAGAAGUGAAACUGGAACAAGGCAUUGAGAUGCUGAAGAUUUUCAAGAACUACGAUGCUGACACUUCAAUCUUGGAUGAUUUUGGGUUUUAUGAAGAGAGGGAGAAAAUAAUCCAAGAAAGGAAAUCAAGAAGACAGCCAAGCUUGCCAUCUGCCGUAGGAGAAAACGAACAUAAACCCGCUUCUGCUGCAUUGCAGACAGAUUUUAUCAAGAACAUGUCCAAAAGUUUUGCUCAAGUUGUCCGGUUGGACGAGGGAAGCAAAGAAGCAGGAAAAGCGAGUUCAUCUCCAGAUGCAAUCACAACAACCGUAGCAGUCUCUUCUGGUUAAUCCAACUAGUAAGUAAAAGGCACAAUCAAUUAGCAAAGACUUUAUGUUUUCAAUUUCCAUAAUGAUGUUUUGUUUGUUCUAAGAAGGGUGGGGGUUUUCCAUAAUGGCCAGGUCUUGUUUUUGUGUAAAGUAAGCUUCUUUUCGCCCUGUGUUCUAUUCCCGGGGGUAUUUAGCCAAUUUGAUUUAAUUCCCUCGUUUUUAAUGUUCUGUACCCUUUUUCUUCGGGGUUGAUAGAAGAAGAAGAAGAUGAUGUAUCAAAGACAAUAUAAAUGUUGCUCUUGUAAAGCUGCUUCAUAUGUCUUUGCAGGCAAUAUUUAAUAAUGAUGCAGAUUACACCUAUCAAUCAGAGCUCUCAGCUUUCUUCAUCUCCAGAUUUUGUUUCUUUGUUGGUUUUUCUUUCCCCACAUAAUCUUUUAGCUUUGAGUCUGAUUGUGAAGGAGACAAGAAAGUCAAUGAAAGUCAUUUCCAAAUGAUGUAUCAAAGACUAUACAUUGUGCUUAUACACAUAUUAUUUUCAUAUUUUCUCUAAUUCAGUAAAGAAAAGAAAGAGAGAUUGUUGUUGGGACACUAGAGUGUGUGGUUGAUAAGCAUGAAUUACC